UGCUGCCGUCCCCUUCAUCAGCUCUCUCACGCUUUGCUGUGGAGCAGGCGAGAGGAGAGAGAAGAGGAAGAAGAGGAAGAGAAGGAGGAGAAAGAGAGAAGGGGCAGACACCUGGGUGGAAGGACAUUUUCACACCACUUCCCCUCAUCAUCUCUUCUGACAUGGCCACUGCUUAGGAAUCUGGUGCCGUGGCAACCGUCAGAUCCAAGGAUAAGGUGGUAGAAAGUUGGGCCUGUUCAGGGGGAUGUUCAAAGAAACAAAGAGAGGGAUGGCCGUGGAGGAGAAGCCGGGUGUGAAGAGCAGCAGCUCCAUCGUUCCCUGCUUUCUGUUUGUGGAGCUGGUGAUCAUGGCUGGGACGGUGCUGCUGGCUUACUACUUUGAGUACACGGACACCUUCCCCGUGCACAUCCAGGGCUUCUUCUGUUACGACAAGACCUUCUCUAAGCCCUACCCUGGUCCGGAUGAUACCAGCAAGAUCCCUCCGGUGCUCAUCUACUCGCUCGUCACAGCCAUCCCUACCCUCACGAUUCUUGUUGGAGAGCUGUGCGCCUUCUUCACCAAGGCAGAGGGAACCCAGGAGAAGACCAUUGUGACUGCAGACUGCUGCUACUUCAACCCCUUACUGAGACGCAUAAUACGCUUCUUGGGUGUUUAUGCCUUUGGUCUAUUCACCACGACCAUUUUCGCCAAUGCCGGCCAGGUAGUGACAGGAAACCAGACGCCUCACUUCCUGUCUGCCUGCCGACCAAACUACACAGCAUUAGGCUGCCAGUCCACGAUGCAGUACAUCACAGAGCGACGGGCCUGCACAGGCAACCCACUGAUUGUCAUGUCUGCACGUAAAUCCUUCCCAUCUAAGGAUGCAGCACUCAGCGUCUACUCAGCAGUGUACACAGUGAUGUACGUGACACUGGUGUUCAAAACCAAAGGCACGCGGCUCACCAAGCCCACUAUCAGCCUCACGCUGCUUUGUCUCGCCAUGCUAGUCGGUGUGGUCAGAGUGGCUGAGUACCGCAACCACUGGGCUGAUGUCCUGGCGGGAUUCUUCACUGGGGGAGCCAUCGCUGUGUUUUUGGUGACUUGUGUGAUUAACAACUUCCAACAGCUGCAGCCCGGUCUUCCUCCACCGCGACCCCAACGUCCCGAGUCAAUGCUGGGCAUGCCGAUGGUGACACUGCCCUCCGUGGAGAGUCCACUCGAAAAGUUAAGUGGCCCUCAGCAUCUUGCACUCUCCUCCUCCUCCCCACCUUACAACACCUACGUCCAACCAUUCUAACCAGCUUUGAAUAUUUUUUACCCAACGUUGUCACCCCCCCCCAACACUAUCUCCACCAUCUGUUGCCUUAUUUCUGUUUUUUGCUCUGUUGAACAUCUGUUCUGUCCUCCCCUCAUCCCUGUACAUUGCUCUUGAUUAUUCUUUUCUUCACUUUUCUCUCUCUUCCUCCGCCUCCUCUCUGCCCCGUCCUCCUCUCUCUUUCUCACUCCUCUCUUUCCCCUGCAGACUCCGCGGGGAUCUCCGUUCACAGAGAUCACAUGACCAUCAGCCCUAUCGGUUCCCCGCCACCCCCGA